AUGUGGGAAUUCUUCGAUCAAGGCUGGGAUGACCGACGCCGCAUUUCUCAGUUCACCUGGGAAUCUACUGAUCCGACCUCUGAGCAGCAAGCCAUCAAAGGUGUCUUUGUGGCAGCCGUUGCUUCCUUGAAAGAGAGCGGCUUUGCCGUGGAUCGAGCAAUUUCCAGGUUGCGAGAGAUGCAAACGGCGAAAGCCUUG